CUGGGGAGUACAGCAGUCGAGGUCGUUGCGUGCUCUCGGGACAGAAGAAGUGUGUGUGAAUGCAUCGCCACAGCUGCAGGAGCCUCGUAUGACUGGUGGCCAUGACAGCAGCGAGCGGUAGCAAUGCCAGGGCCGUCACGGACAGAUGUCUCCAAGUGCUACAGUUCGCCAAGGGAUCAAUCUCAGCGGUACUCCAGGCCGCGCUUGUUGCAAUCAGAUCCACGUAUCAUCUUGUGUGGCCGCAACUCGUCAGGUCGUUAGCGGGAGAAAUUGUCUUGAUAACGGGAGCAGGUCACGGAAUCGGCCGACAAUUGGCGAUCGAGUUCUGGGAAAAAGGAAGUACGGUGAUCUGUGUGGACAUCGACGAGGAAAGUAACCAGUUUACUGCCCGCACCAUCAAUACACGGCACCGCCAUCGGCUGGAAGGUAUUGGCACAGCUGCACGAGAAGGGUGGAGACCUGCGCAUGCGUACACGUGUGACGUGACGGACAAGAAUCAGGUGGAGGAAUUGGCUCAACAAGUGCUGAGAGAUUUGGGCCGAGUGGACAUUCUGGUGAACAACGCCGGCAUGAAGCCGAUCUCCCAUAUGGAGGCAACCGAAGUGGUCGUUGAUGCCGUCAAUGUGAAUCUCUUAUCUCAUUUUUGGACACUGCUGGCUUUCGUGCCUGGCAUGGUGAAGAGAAACCACGGUCACGUGGUGGCUGUUUCGUCUGCGAUGGAACUGUCCCAAGUGUCUGACAAGCUUCCCUAUUCCGCAGUCACAGGUCUGAUGGACUCCCUGUAUGAGGAACUACGAGAGAACUCCCAUAACAUCAGGCUCACAUGUGCACAUCUGUGUGUCACUGACAAAAGAACAGACCUGUUGGAGCAGCUAGACCUUGGGAUCCCAGAGCUCUCUCCAGAGCAUGCGGCAAGGGAGAUCGUGAGUGCAGUGCUACACAACAAGAUUACAGUCAUUGUGCCCCACAACUUGCUCUUCUGGCAGAAUGUUUUGAAGACACUCCCUCAGGAUGCAAGGGGCAUCUGGCAGGGUAUGUUCCAUGCUCGAGUGGCUCCAGAUGGGACACAGUCUCCUGCACCUCGCUGCAGUGUAGUUUCCAGCAACAGAAUCAAGGCUUGAAACUUGCCAAGUCCCAGCAGAACCAAUGAUAAGUCCAGGUUGAGUGAUCAGACUGCCACAGUAAACUUUAUGACAACCAGAUGAAAAGUCUGAAUCAUGUAGUUACAUGCAUGUUCUCAAUCUCUGACUAUAUAUGAGUAUGUGAAUGACACAUUUUGUUCAUUAUGAUCAGUCAUGUCAUCGUAUUGUGCAUUCUUUCGAAACACUUAGUUUGUGAUAUACAUCAGUGCUUAUAUAAUUUGAAUAAUUUAUGUAAUGAACCAUGAAUAAUCUGGAUAAUAUGAAGAUUCUAUAUCUUUACUUACAGUCCUCUAUAUUCACACCUUGAAGGAAUGCUUUAUAUUAGAAGUGUGUUUGUCUUUUAUUGCAAGGAGGAUAGCAAAUUAGUGAUAUAAUAUUUGUAUUCAGAUAUAUCCUGGUGAUCCUAAAUUUCAAAUCAUGUGAUACCUUAAACAAAAAAAAUAUUCAUGUACAAUGUCAUAGCUCUUAAAUGAUUCAUUGCCUCUCACACUGUGAUGUACAUUACUGUGAAGCAAUUAAGUGUAAGAUGUAGCGCGUUGUACUAUAUAUGAUGUUCAUAUCAUACAUGUGUAAUUAUUAAUUAAAUUUGUCACACAUAUUA